GGUUUCUAACGUUUCUGAAGCGAAUGAUCAGGAAAGGAAUCGAGGACCGAAGGUAAACAAAAUAUUAUCAUAAUGCCCAUCAUGCCCCAUCAGGCCUAAUUUACUACAAAAUAUAAUUUGAAUGGUCAACUAAAAACCUGCUAAAAACCAUGGAUAGAUCAAUCCAUACAAAGCAAAAGCAUACUCGCCGACGAUUGAAUCCGACCAUUCGGUGGAAUGAAGUUCAGACACAAGAAUUGUUGGUACAUGUCCUAGAGGAAGUAGGCAUUCAUCCCGGGAGUUUUGAGAAACCAACGGCUCAGAUUUUUUAUGCUAAAAUCUGUUCGAAGGCAUCUGUUGCUAUUCGGUAUAUCAGCUGGCAGAUCAUCAAAAAUAAAAUGCGUAAUUUGAAGACAUCUUUCCUAGCUACAGCUUUGUGGAAGGCCCAAGAAGGCGCAAAAUUGCUGGCCAAUGGCGGAGAUUGCUUGUACCAUGAUCACAUAAGGCGAGUUUGUCCACAUUUCGAUCUGUUGGAACGCCUUUAUGGGCACUUGGUUCAAGCGAACAUGGCCACAGGUAUGAUACCCGUUUCAAGCGAUGUGGAUGAGUACGCAGACGAGAUGAUUACCAACGACGUCCUGUCUUCGGAGCUGUAUUCAGCUGCCAAUGGUGGUAAUAAUCAGGCCAACAUCCCAUUUGAGAAUGUUCGAAUCAAGUUGGAAACAAAUGAGCACCCGAGUCAGCGCGAACCCGAUCAAGUGAAACACGCCGGCCAUAUCGCACAGAAUGCCGAAGCAGUCGAAGACUACAUCGCAGAACGAGCUCAAUUGGCGUACACACCGGAACCAUCGACGGCCAGCAAUAGCGAAACGGAUUUCUAUGCAAAGCGAGCUUUAAUGGAUAGGUUUCCGAGAAAAAGGCCAGCGUCCGAUACUUCCUCCGUUUUCCAGCUGGUGGUGAUGCAGGAGAAAAAGCUUAAGUUUGAAGUCAUGAAAUUGCAACAGCAAUUGGAUUUGGAACGGCAGAAGCUAGAUCUGGAACGGCAGAAGCUAUGCCUAUCCAGGGAGCAGAAUAAUGUUGACCUGGAAAUGAAAAGGUUGCAGUUGGAACGAGAGACGGAGCUCAAAAAGCUCGAGCUGGAGCGAGAUGAAAGGAUUGCACUGGCUAAAAUGAAGCUGGAGGUGGAAAGUCUAGAGCGAAUCAGAAAAUAUGAGUUGGACUUGCAGGCUAACAGAUCUUGACUUCUAGAAUAAUGCUAUAUUUAUCUGAGAUCUCUAAACUGUAGUUUCAAACAUAAUAUAAAUUGAUAUAUACAGGUUAAUGUAAAAGCUCAGUGCAGGAAAAGCUGAAAUAAAUUAAGCGUUUAUAUUUUCCGCAUAGACGCAUUGAUUCGACGCAUAGGAAUUUAGAUAGAUUGUAUAGUGCCGGAUCCGCAUGGUAUGAGUGUUAAUAGGAUCAAUUACUAAAUACCUACCAUUCAAUGGAAGUGCUGGUUCACUUAUUCGAUUCAGAAAUGUUAAAAUGGAAAGUAAUUUAAAAAAAUCAUUAGAAUUAGAAUACGUACAAACCAAUUUCUGAUACUUAAUUCAUUUCUAUGGUUUUGAACCAAUGAGAAUAUGUUCUUAUAUCACAAAAAAUUAAACUAAUUUUAAACAGUUUGGAUAACACGCUUCCAUUAUUUUAAUUCUUUCUUAAAACUUUUUAAUAAAAACAAACAAUUGCGAUGGAUCUGCCUCCUCCCAGUGAGCUGAACAAGGAAAACAUUCUUCCGAGCGGGUUCAACAGUUUGACAAUAUUUCGGAUCCGAACGCCUCUUUACUAUCAAGAUUUUAGAUAUCUACUACUUCGGGGUCGUACACUAAUUACGUAAGCACUUAUAGGGGAAGGAAGGGGGAUCUGUCAUUUUCUUACGCACUAUAGAGACUACGUCGGACUACGGCAACGCAACAUUAA